AUGCCGUCAGCAACUUAUACGGUGGAUCAAAACGUGUGCAAUAGCAAAUCCAACAACAAUAAGAUACAUCAGAAACAUGAAUUCUCCGAAGAGAUUGAGUUGCCAUCAAUCAUUGUGAGCGCAUCGAUCCACUCGGGAUUAUCGAACUCCACGCUGAAUCUGAAUAAUAGAUCCACCGUCAAACCAGAAUGCAAAUCCGUGUCCGACGUCAAAUUUGGCCUCUUGCGCGUCUUCCGAUAUGCAGACAUUUGGGAUGCGCUAUUGAUGAUCGUGGGUAUCGUCAUGUCUUUGGCUACAGGAGCUAGCUUACCCAUUCUGGCAAUGUUUUUCGGUGAUAUGACAAAUACGUUUAUCAGACAAUCUACAGCGCUUAAUUCCGUCGCAGGGUCAACGCCAGAUUAUAGAGCCCACUCGAAUGUUUCUAACGAGACAAUCACACCGUUUGAUUCUAUUCCAGCGCUUACUCCCGAAGAGUUUGACAGUUACAUGACGCAAUUUUCGUUGUACUAUUUAUACAUUGGUAUCGUCGUAUUGUUGUCUGCAUACACACAGACUUGGUGCUGGGAGAUGGCAUGUGAAAGACAAGUGUACAGACUUCGUAAUGUGUUUUUCUCGCAGAUCAUAAGGCAAGACAUAACUUGGUUCGAUACUAAUCAGAGCAGCGAUCUUACGUCAAAACUAUUCGACGAUCUGGAGCGGAUUCGGGAGGGUAUAAGUAGCAAGUUCAGCAUGCUCACGCAGUACGUAUCUACGUUUAUUUCUGGGCUGCUGGUUGGUUUCUACAUUAGUCCUAAACUAACAGGACUCUUACUUCUCGUUGGACCUAUAAUUAUAGGAAUUAUGGGUUUUCUGAGUCUGAAUGCGUCCAGAGCUUGUCAUAGAGAACAAAUAAAAUACGCAGAGGCUGGAUCGAUUGCAGAAGAAGUGUUUACAUCCAUUAGAACUGUAGCCGCGUUCGGAUUAGAAAAACAAGGAAUCUCGAGGUAUAUUGCAGCUUUAAAAAAAGGACGUAAUAUUGCAACAAACAGAUAUAGAGUUUUCUCUGUUGGACUUGGAACCGUGUUUAUGAUGAUGUACAUAGGUUAUGGGGUUGCGUUUUAUUACGGAGCUAAUUUGGUCUCAAUCGGUGAAGCUACGCCCGGCACAGUUUUUACCGUUUUCUUUAGCGUGAUGGCCGGAUCAUUUUCAAUUGGAAGUGCUAUACCGUAUUUAAACUCGGUUAGCACAGCCAUCGGGGUAGCGAGAAACUUGUACGGUAUUAUCGACAGAGUUCCAAAAAUCGAUUCAUAUUCGAAAACCGGACUAAAACCGAUAAAGGUUACCGGCAAAAUUGAAAUUCGAAACGUAGAUUUCAGAUACCCAUCGAGACCAGAAGUCAAAGUACUAAAUAAUUUAAAUUUUACAAUCAAACCCGGUCAAACGGUUGCAUUAGUGGGUUCAAGUGGUGCUGGUAAAAGUACUAUUGUAGGUCUACUUUUAAGAUUCUAUGACCCAGAAGCUGGACAAAUUUAUUUAGAUUCUAUUAAAUUAACCGAUCUUAAUGUUCAUUGGCUACGAGAUCAAAUCGGGAUUGUAUCUCAAGAACCGAUUCUUUUUGGUGUGUCAAUUGCUGAUAAUAUCCGAUACGGCCGAGAACAUAUCACGAAUGAUGAACUCAUAGAAGCAGCUAUUCAAGCUAACGCCUAUGAUUUUAUUAAAGAACUGCCAAACGGCUUAAACACGUAUGUCGGCGAUAGAGGUUGUCAACUAUCUGGUGGUCAAAAACAACGGAUUUCAAUAGCAAGGGCAUUAGUUAGGAACCCGAAAAUACUUUUGUUAGAUGAAGCAACAUCAGCGUUAGACUCUCAGAGCGAAGGAAUUGUUCAAGAUGCAUUGGAUCGAGUAAUGAAAGGCAGAACGACUAUUAUCGUAGCUCAUAGACUCUCAACCAUUAAGAAUGCAGAUGUCAUACAUGCAAUGAAGAACGGUAGAAUUUAUGAAUCUGGAACUCAUACUGAAUUAAUGGAUAAAAAAGGUUUAUACUAUAAUUUGGUGGUGGCUCAAAUCAAUUUAUGUGACGAAGACAAGGAAGAAACAGUUUUGGAACAGGAAGACAAGACUGAAGAUUAUGAAAAUUGUGAUGAAACACUAAAAGAUUGUUCAAUAUGUGAAGAUGAUGAUCUGAAAGAAAUUACUGAUAUUCCCGAAGAGCUGCAGAUGCUUAACAAAAUUAGAAAGAUGAGCAUCUUACAAUUUCAUAAUAAUUGUGCGAAAAAUAAUUCAAAAUACUGUAUGUGGAAAUUGAUGAAAUUUAACUCACCGGAAUGGGCAUAUUUGUUGUUCGGUUGUAUCGGUUGUGUCAUUAAUGGCGGUUUAGUUCCAAUUUAUGCCUACUUUUAUGGACAAGUGUUUGAGUCUUUAACACUAAAAGGCGAAGCGUUGAAAAGAGAAGCACGGUUUUGGUCUUUUAUGUUUGUUGUACUUGGAAUAAUUGCGGGUUUGACCAUAGUUUGUCAGACGUGGUUACUAACAUUCGCUUCGGAGAAACUAAUGAUGCGUCUCCGAGCCAUGGCAUUCACCAAUAUACUGAGGCAAUCAGUCGGUUGGUUCGACAAUAAAGACUCAAGUCCGGGGUGUUUGACCACGAAAUUAGCGCGAGAUGCUCCCAUAGUGAAAGCGGCUGGUGGAAUGCGUGCCGGUCAAGUGAUGUCGUCGAUCGUAACGCUCACUAUAGCUAUAAGCAUAGCUCUCAUCUAUGGAUGGAAACUAGCUAUAGUGCUUGGUCUGGCUGUCCCGUUGAUAAUAGGCGCUGGAUACCAACAACAAAUGGGUCUCAGGAAAAACCAACGGAGAGACGCGAAAUUUAUGGACGAAGCGGGCCGAAUUGCGACCGAAAGUGUACAGAACGUGCGUACGGUGCAAUCGUUAGGGAAAGAGAAAAAGUUUGUCGAGCUGUAUCAUAAAAGCUUAAAGGUCCCAAACAAAGAAGCAAAAAAACAAGCAUACAUAUAUGCGGGUUUAUUUGCUCUAUCGCAAUCGAUCACAUACAUACUGUAUUCGGUCGCUUUUAAGUAUGGAUCUUAUUUGGUACUCCAAGGAGAAAUGACACCUUCCGCUGUAUAUAGGGUUUUUUUUGCACUGUCAUUCUCCGCCCAUUCGGUGGGUCAUACAAUGGCUUUCCUACAAGAUUACGCUAAAGCGAAGCAAUCCGCCUCGCUUAUAUUCCAGCUCAUUGAAAAACCAACGGAAAUCGAUAGUCAAUCGAAGGAUGGGGACAAACCGGAAAUAAUUGGUAAAAUAUCAUUUAGAGGUGUUAGUUUUUCGUAUCCGACUAGGAAGACGAAGAAAAUUUUAAAUAACAUGGAUUUCACUGUGGAACCGGGAAAAACUUUGGCAUUAGUCGGUGAAUCGGGUUGUGGAAAAAGUACUGUUAUUUCACUUCUUGAGAGAUUUUACAAUCCUUCAUUUGGCGUGAUCGAAAUAGAUGGUCACGACAUCCGGAAAAUAAACAUCAGACAUUUGCGAAGUAACAUUGGCCUAGUCACUCAGGAACCUGUGUUGUUCGACUGUUCUAUAAAAGAAAAUAUCAGUUACGGUGUAUCUGGUGGUGACGUGUCAUUUGAUGCGAUAGUCGAAGCUGCGAAAAAAGCAAACGCUCACAACUUUAUAAUGAGUUUACCACAAGGUUACGACACGAUAGCUGGUGAUAGAGGUACACAGCUCUCUGGUGGUCAAAAACAAAGAAUUGCUAUUGCUAGAGCAUUGGUAAGAAAUCCUAAAAUACUUUUGUUGGACGAAGCUACUUCAGCAUUGGACACAGAAAGCGAAAAAAUCGUUCAAGAAGCUUUGGACGAAGCUAGAAAAGGUAGGACAUGUAUCACGAUUGCUCACCGUUUGUCAACCAUCCAAUCGGCAGACGAUAUUGCUGUUGUCUGGCGUGGGCAGAUCACCGAACUCGGUUCUCACGACGAGUUACUAGAACUGAAAGGAUGUUACUAUGAACUAGUAAAACGACAACAGUUGUAACAAUACAAAAUUGUGUGCAACGUGUACAGUAUUGCGAAAACUGUAAUUAUUAAAAAUAAUUACAUUAAAAAUUGUUUGUGUAAAAUUUUCUAUACUCUAUAUUAUUAUCUAUAUAGUU